AUGGAGACGGGCAAGUUGGCCCCGCCGACACUCCAGAUCAACACACGGCAACGCGCGUUAAGCCAGGCCGACACAAUCACCUCACAAACAUCAGAUCCCUUCCGAACACCGAUAUCACCAAGUAACGCAUCUACUAGUGGAGUAUCUACAGUCGUAUCAGAAUAUGAUGCAGCAGUGCAGCAAGAGCUCCGGGCAGAAGUCGCGUCUGAUACAGACAACCCCUUCGCCUUUCGACCAUCACAGCUGAGCAAGCUUCUUAACCCCAAGUCGCUUGCUGUAUAUCAUGCUCUCGGCGGCCUGCAAGGAAUCGCAGCUGGCUUGCAAUCAGAUGUUCACACUGGACUCAGUGCCGACGAGUCCACAGUGCCACGGCACAUUUCCUUUGACGAAGCAACGAACCCACAGGCAACCCCCAAGGAGAAGACAUCGGACCGAUUACCUAAAGACGGACAACCAUUUGAGGAUCGAAUUCGUAUCCACGGACGAAAUGCUCUACCACCAAAGAAAGCCACUCCGCUAUGGAAGUUAGUAUGGAACGCAUACAACGAUACUGUCCUCAUAGUCCUUACCAUCGCGGCUGCAAUUUCAUUGGCGCUCGGUCUCUAUGAAACAUUUGGAGGAGAUCAUCCCCCUGGCUCCCCUACACCCGUCGACUGGGUAGAGGGCACUGCUGUUGUGGUAGCCAUUGUCAUCGUGGUUCUCGUUACGGCAGUGAAUGACUGGCAAAAAGAACAGGCCUUUGCAAAGCUCAAUGCAAAGAAGGAACAGCGCGAUAUAAAGGUUACACGGUCUGGCAGAAUUGUCAUGAUUAGCAUUUAUGAUAUCCUAGCGGGAGAUAUCAUCCACUUGGAGCCGGGCGACAUCAUCCCUGUAGAUGGUAUCUUUGUCGAUGGCUCAGACGUCAAGUGCGAUGAAUCCUCCGCUACAGGAGAGUCGGAUGCCAUGCGCAAAACACCUGGCGCGGCUGUCACAAAAGCCAUGGAGUCUGGUCAGCCAGUCAAGGAUCUCGACCCAUUCAUCAUCUCUGGCGCCAAGGUACUCGAAGGCGUAGGUACAUUUAUGGCUACUUCCGUCGGAGAGCACAGCAGCUUUGGCAGAAUCAUGAUGUCGGUCCGUGUCGAGAUUGAGACGACUCCGCUUCAGGAAAAGCUGGCCGGCCUCGCGAUGGCCAUUGCUAAACUCGGAACUACUGCCGCUGUUAUUCUCUUCUUCGUUCUGCUGUUCCGCUUCGUAGGUGGAUUGGAUGGAGAUACCCGCUCCGCUGCGAAGAAAGGCUCUGCUUUCAUGGAUAUUCUCAUCGUUGCGGUAACGAUCAUCGUUGUAGCCGUUCCCGAAGGACUUCCCCUUGCUGUCACCCUGGCUCUGGCGUUUGCCACGACCAAGAUGUUGAAGGAGAACAACCUUGUAAGAAUUCUACGAGCCUGUGAGACCAUGGGCAAUGCCACCGCCAUCUGCUCUGACAAGACUGGUACCUUGACAACAAACAGGAUGACUGUCGUUGCUGGUACUUUCGGCAACACUAGAUUCGUGCAUGCAGAUACUGUCUCAGAGAAAGACGAGCCUAUUUCGGCAUGGGCAUCAAAAGUUACACCAGUUGCAAAGGACCUUAUCACACAGUCUGUCGCUAUCAACUCAACGGCAUUUGAAGGACAAGAAGACGGAAAGCCAUGUUUCGUUGGAUCCAAGACAGAGACUGCCCUGCUUCAGUUCGCCAAGGACCACUUUGGUCUCGUUUCCCUGGCAGAGACUCGCGACAACCAACAGGUUAUGCACAUGUUCCCCUUCGAUUCAGCAAAGAAGUGCAUGGGUGCUGUCCUCAAACUCCAGAACGGAAACUACCGCCUUGUUGUCAAGGGAGCAUCUGAGAUUCUUCUCGGUUUCUCUUCUACCUCCGCCAACUUUGCCACCCUUGAGACUGAACCUCUGACAGAUGGCGAACGCCAGAACCUCACUGAUACUAUCAACGAGUAUGCUAGCAAAUCGCUUAGGACUAUUGGACUCGUAUAUCGCGACUUCGAACAAUGGCCCCCAGUCGGCGCUGAGAUGACCGAAGGUGGCAGUGUUUCUUUCGCCUCCCUGCUGCGCGACCUCAUCUUCUUUGGCGUUGUCGGCAUUCAGGAUCCCAUUCGCCCUGGUGUUCCCGAUGCUGUUCGCAAGGCGCAAAAGGCAGGCGUUAAUGUUCGCAUGGUUACCGGUGACAAUAUGCAGACGGCUAAAGCUAUCGCAACGGAAUGUCUCAUCUAUACUGAGGGCGGUUUGGUCAUGGAAGGCCCCGACUUCCGUCGUCUUACCGAAGAACAACUGGACGAGGUCUUGCCCCGACUCCAAGUGCUGGCUCGUUCUUCGCCUGAAGACAAGCGCAUCCUCGUCCAACGUCUCAAGGCUCUUGGUGAGAUCGUCGCCGUUACUGGCGAUGGCACAAAUGAUGCUCCCGCGCUCAAGGCCGCCAACAUUGGUUUCUCCAUGAACUCUGGUACAGAGGUUGCCAAGGAGGCGUCCUCGAUCAUUCUCAUGGAUGACAACUUCACCUCUAUUAUCACAGCUCUCAUGUGGGGUCGCGCUGUCAACGAUGCAGUGCAGAAGUUCCUUCAGUUCCAAAUCACUGUCAACAUCACCGCUGUUGUACUCGCAUUCGUCACAGCCGUAUACGAUGACGAAAUGAAGCCUGUGCUCAGGGCCGUACAGCUCCUCUGGGUCAACCUCAUUAUGGAUACCUUUGCAGCCCUUGCCCUCGCCACCGACCCGCCGACCGAAAAGAUUCUCGACCGCCCACCCCAGGGUCGAGGUCCUCUCAUCACAAUCACCAUGUGGAAGCAAAUCAUGGGUCAAAACAUCUACAAGAUCACCGUCAUCUUCGUGCUCUACUUUGCCGGUGGCGAUAUCCUCGGCUACGACCUUUCCGACCCUAACAUACAGCUCGAGCUCGACACCCUCAUCUUCAACUGCUUCGUCUGGAUGCAAAUCUUCAACAUCUUCAACAACCGCCGCCUCGACAACAAGCUCAACGUGCUUGAAGGUAUCCUCCGCAACUGGUUCUUCAUCGGCAUCGUCGUCAUGAUCAUCGGCCUCCAAGUCCUCAUCAUCUUCGUCGGUGGCCGCGCCUUCCAGAUCAAGCCCGGAGGCAUUGACGGAACACAGUGGGCUAUCAGCAUCGUUGUCGGCUUUGUAUGUAUCCCCUGGGCUGUCGUCAUCCGCUAUUUCCCAGAUGAGUGGUUCGCCACAAUCGCGAGGAUCGUUGGCAGACCUGUUGUCAUUGUGUACCGCUUUUGCUGUACUGCCGCAAGCAAGGUUAAGAGUUUGUUCGCCUUCCGUCGCAAGAAGGAGGUCAAUGAGGAGAGAAACGUCGAGGAGGCGGCUGCGCCAGCUAUUGUUGUAGUCGGUGAUGAUGCUAGUACUGCUGAGGCGAAGAAGUUUUAGAGAAAAUAAAACUUCUGCCUCAUGUCUUCUAAUUGUUGUUUUUCUUAGUUCCUAGUUUUUUUGGCUCAGAUAUCAUGGACUUAGUGACGAUGUUACGAUUUUCCUUACAGUGUAAUAGAGGGGGGAUAUUGAUCAAGUGGGGUAGUAUAGUGUACAUAAUUGGAAUUUGUGUAUCUGGCAGUUCACUUUAUCUUGUGGUUCGUUUCGUGUG